AUGGGGCUUCUUAACAACGUUCACAAUAAUAAUGUUCAGGAAAACUUUGCUUAUGAAAGUUAUCCUUCCACUGUCGACAUUGGCGCCUCAGAAAUCCCUCCUUUUAGUUCCCAACAGUCUGAGGCUCCAUCCCAACCUCAGGACACACCUGUGGAGCGUAUGGACGCCGUUGUCGGAAAUUCUAUGAAGUUACAGACCUUCUGGAAACGCGUUGAUGAGUACUUUGCAGCAACUCUUCAUGAGAAGAUAGAAAAUGUUCAUUGUAAGCAGAGGUGGCACAGAAUCAAUGAUCAGACGAAUAAGUUCUGUGCCGUAUUCGCUGCUGCAGAGAGAGUAAUAACCAGCGGUCAGAGUGACAAUGACGUCCUAAAGCUGGCUCAUGAAAUCUUCUACUCUGAUCAGGGUCAGAAGUUUACCCUCGAGCACGCGUGGUGUGUCAUGCGGCACGAACAAAAGUGGAUAAGCCUUAACACACCUACGCCCACCGGUUCAAAGAGAAAGAGUGGGGAGGUCAGUUCCCAAACUUCAAGCGCAGCUGUGGGUGAGGUCAGUUCCGACUAUUCAAUGCGUCCUGAAGGUAUCAAGGCUGCGAAAGCAAGCAGGAAUAUUAGAAAAGGAAAGGCUAUUGAGGACUAUAAGACCAUUAUGGAGGGCAAGAUGGAAGAACUGGCGAGGAAGGAGAAACUGUCGAAGCUGGCGAUAUUAGACACUCUCCUUGCUAAGAAGGAUCCACUAAGUUUGAGUGAAGAAACUGUUAAGAACAAGCUGUUGGUCGAUCUGUUCUAG